AUGAAACCAACAGACAAUCUAUUGACUUGGUUCUUACUGGUAUUAAUGGUAACCGUCACCAUCUCGUCACCAACUUUACAAGAUGUGAAGGAUGUUUACAAACAUAUUUUCAAUGGCUAUGACAAUCGAAUCCGGCCUGUUAUCAACCAAAGUGACACCAUACCUGUGUCCAUGAUGUUCCUGCUGAAUUCGAUAAACGAAUUCGAUGAAAAGGCACAGAGACUUGUAAUAUCCGGAUGGUUUAGCAUACGCUGGAUAGACGAGUCUUUAGCCUGGAACGGGUCUGAUUUUGGUAAUGUGUCGCAUGUGUAUGUUGAUGGGAGUUCAAUCUGGCAGCCGAAUAUUGCCCUUAUCAAUACUUUUGGGAGAUUAAAUAUGCUUUCCCAGUUGGCUUCAAAAGCUGAGAUCAUGGCAGAUGGAAAGGUUGAGUGGUUUCCAGCCGACAGUUUCGUUGUGACGUGUGAAGUCGAUAUAACGUAUUACCCGUUCGAUACACAGACCUGCCAUAUGGAAUUCGAAAUUUGGGAUGAGCCUUCGUCCAAAGUCGCCUUUAUUACAACACCAGAAUCAAUCAACAUUAAGUAUUUCGAAGAAAAUGUCGAAUGGAAAUUGGUGAGUUCUGAGAUUGAAAGUGCUGAACUUGAUUUGGAAUCUAAUUCAUUUGUAAUUUUAUUCAUUAUGUCUACAGCGGCGGCCGAAAUUCGUUAUAUUGACGAUCAUUUCUCCCGUCAUCCUCCUGGCCUUUCUAAACGUCUGUGUAUUCUUAAUUCCACUUUCAUCUGGAGAGAAGAAUUCCUUCUGUGUGACCGUGUACCUGUCGUACGCUGUGUUUCUGGGAAUUAUCAGUUCCGAACUUCCUCAUAG